CACCACAAUCUAAGGCCACAACAAGAGGAAGUUCUGUUUUUGGUCAGGUUACUUCCCUGAUUUUAAGGGUGCAAAGUUUUGAAUGUGUUGAUGUUUAAUCUUGCUCGCACGCACAUGCACGUGCCCACAAGUCUAAACACACUUUGUAAUGCAUAAUUUGGUGACACUCAGUUUGCAAUAUGUGAGAACCCAUUCAGUUUUACUGUAUACACAACACCACUAGCUCAGCUCGGACAAUACCAGGCAUUGUCCUGUACAAAUUUUAUAAAAGUCUUCUACUCACACACACACACACACACUGACUUGACCAUCACUUUUGCAAAUAUGGCGUCCAUUAUGAUGUUGAUUGCAGUUGUGCUGUCCUGUGUGUAUCUGAGCUCCGCUACCUACCUUUCUCCCUGCGGCCCCCCUGAUGCUCCAGUUUACGGAAGUUUCUACCCUCAGAAAAACUUCUACUCAAUCGGAACAGUUGUUAGGUUCUCUUGCAGAGAUGGCUUUUUGCUGAAAGGAUACAGUUUCACCAAAUGUAUCUACAGCCGGAGCCUAAGAAAGGCAGUGUGGAAGUUCGACGCUCCAGUUUGCAAGCGUAUCACGUGUCCUGACCUUAUCGAUCCCCGAUAUGGAGAUGUAGACGUGACUGGAAAUACACCUGGAUCAAAGGCGACCUAUACCUGUGGCAGACGUUUCACCCUCGUGGGCAGCUCUACAGCAAAAUGCCAGCUCAACGGGAAAUGGUCCCAUCUACCUGUUUGUGAACCAAUCUUCUGCCCCAAACUGGCUCCCCCUGCAAAUGGUACUGUGAACGAUGGUAACAAUCGUGCCGGAACCAAGGCAGUGUACACCUGUAACGACGGUUUUGAAACAAGUGGACAGAGCUCUAGAAAAUGUCAGCUGGAUAGUACAUGGAGUGGAAAAGCCCCAACUUGUAUAUUGAUCAAAUGCCCUAAUCUUGAGGAUCCAGAGAAUGGAUCUGUGGAUGAUGGAGACAAUCUACCCGGAACCACAGCAAAGUACACCUGUGGUUAUUAGUUCAGGUUGGUGGGAUCCAGCAAGAGACUCUGUCAGAAGUAUGGCAACUGGGCUGGGGAGGCACCUAUCUGCGAACAGAUCGAAUGCCCUGUAUUGAAGGAUUCAGUUAGCGGAUCUGUGGAUGAUGGAGACAAUCUGCCAGGAACCAUAGCAAAGUAUACCUGUGACUAUGGAUUCAAGUUGGUGGGAUCCAGCAAGAGACUCUGUCAGAAUUACGGCAGCUGGGCUGGGGAGGCACCUAUUUGCAAAC